AUGCCGGACGUGGUGUUUCGGCGCAUCCGUCGGAAAGCAUUGAAUCCCGACGAAUCCUUCCAACGCGCCAUGGGGGCUUUGCAACGCAUGAUCGAGACGGAGGAAGGCGGGAAAGAGGGCGGGAGGGAGAGUGAGGAAGACGCCGCCGCCUUGCUGGCUCGAUCCUUGAAUCCUCCGCCCGCGGGGAUGAAUUUGACGGCCCUUAUGUUGGAGGAGACGGACGCCGGAAAGGUCAAGGACGGCCUGUUGGAAUCGUUCCUCCAAUCGAUCUUCCCAGGGGCGGAGAUGGGGGCGGAGGGCGGGAUGCAGGACGGGGAGGUGGCCCCGGUGCCGGAACAUGUCUGGAAGAGCCUGCGCACGGAAGUGUUUGGGAAAACGGCGGGGGGGGCUUUCCUCUUGAAUUACGUGGUGGAUUUCGACGCCAAAUUCCACGUUAUGGUGGGGGAGGUGGGGACAGCACCGUCCGGCGUUCCCUUGAGCACGCCGGCCUUGCGCGAGGUGUUGAACCAACGCUUGGAGUACUUCAAUUUGACGGACGCGGUCUCCUUGUUCUUCCUCCGCUUCCCGCCCGAAACUUUGUUUGCCUUGGAGGACAUUGCCAUGGACGCCGCCAUGGACCAGUUUGAUGAGGACGGAGGGCCGCCGGAAGUGGGUUCGGGCGGGCGGGGGGCACGGCCUGGGGACGGGGACCUCUCAGAGGAGGAGCUGAUGCAAGAAGGGUUGGAUCUGCGCCUGAUUGGAGAGCUUAUACCUCGCUUUCUGGGCAAGUUGGCGCAAGGGCGGUUUGCCAUCUUGGCCGUGUCGAAAGGGGUGGUCCCGGACGACUCCAGCGUCUUGGACGAUCCCAUCGUCCGUGCGGCCUCUUUGGGGAUGGGGGCUUUGCUGCAAACCUCGGAAACCUUGCGCUUUGUCUCUCCCCCCCUCUUUGAACGCCUGGACCGGGAUUUUCUCGGCUUUUGGGCCCAUGUCUCCGAAUUUCCGGCGGUUACGGUCGGCAUCCCUCCGGUCCUGCUCCCUUUCGCCGGCCUGAUCGCUGCCCACGAGGCAGGGCACUACUUGGCUGCCCGCCGGUUCAAUGUGGCCUUGGGGCCCCUCGUGCCUCUGCUCGACCCUUGGUUUGGCUAUCUGGGCAGCCUGUCCCAAUUGAAAUCUUACCCCCCAACCCGCCAAGCCUUCUUCGACGUGGCCGCCGCGGGCCCUCUGUUGGGUUCCUUGGUGAGUUACGGCGUCUUCGGAGCCGGGCUCUGGCUCACCAAACUUGGCGCGUUGCCCGCGGGGGGCGAAUUUGCCCCCGCCUUGCCUUUGGCCUUGUUGCAGGCCUCUACCUUCGUGGCUGAGAUGACCAACGCUAUACUGCCGGGGGCCUUUGCGGUAGUCGAUCCGGGACAUGCCGCCUUGACCCUGCACCCGUUGGCGUUGGCAGGCUACUGGGGUGUCAUGUUCAACGCCUUGAAUCUCUUGCCCAUGGGCCGCUUGGACGGAGCGCGGAUGGUGGAGGCCCUUCUCGGCCGGCGGACGGCUGCGGCGGCCUCGACGUUUACGUUCUGGGGGACAGUGGCGGCGGGCAUUUGGCAAGGGCGCUUGGACCUGUUUUUUGCGGGUUUGGUGGUCCGAUUCUUUUGGUCGCGAAAAGCGGUGCCAUGCAUGGACGAAGUGGAAGAAGUUGGGGGUGAGAGAUAUUUCCUGGGAAUGGCAGGGUUGAUAUUGAUGCUGGGAGCGUUGAUACCGGCGACGUCGCACUUCGCGGGUGACAGCACGUACCUGUUGAAUAAUUUGUAG